AUGGUCGCUACAGACAUUCCCAAGCACUACACUGCCUCUCCGUCGUCGCACAUUGGCACCCCACAUCUGACCAUCAACAAGGAAGCUACCCUUGAGCUCGAUUCUUCCAAUGCCUUCGAGGGCCCCGAGAAGCUCCUAGAAGUAUGGUUUAGCGCUUCUGCUACCAGCCUGCCUGGCCAGGCCGGUCCCCUCGGGCUCAAGAAGGUGUCCGCUGAGACUUGGAAGGAGAUGCUCGAUUUGGUCAACUGCAAGGUUCUCUCUGUAAUCGAGUCCGAGCACGUUGAUGCCUAUCUUCUGUCCGAGUCCAGCUUCUUCGUCUUCCCCCACAAAGUUGUUCUCAAGACCUGCGGUACCACGACCCUGCUCUGGGGCCUCACUCGCCUCCUGGAAAUUGCUGCUGUCGACGCCGGCUUCCCUUACGUGGCACCUCAGCCCUCCUCCGGCAUUGCGCCGGCUGCCACACCGUAUCGCGUCUUCUACAGCAGGAAGAACUUCCUCUACCCUGAUCAGCAGCAUGGACCUCACCGCAGCUGGCGAGACGAGGUUCGUUUCAUGGAUCAGCGAUUCCAGGGUGGCAGUGCCUACAUGAUUGGCAAGAUGAAUGGAGAGCAUUGGUACUUGUACAUCACCGGCCCGGACACUACCUUGACACCACCUCCCAGCCCGGGUCGUGAGAUUCACGAGACCGAGACCAAGUUUGUAAGCCACCCUCAGCGCUUGUUGCGUGAGCAGGCUACGGAGGAGGAGGAAGAUGAGACCUUGGAGGUUCUCAUGACUGACCUCGAGGAGAAGAAUGCCCGCCAGUUCUACCUCGAGGACGCGAGUGCGGUCGCCGAAGGUCGUUAUCUCCAGAAAGCUCGUGACGCUCGCAAAAACGCUAUCCAAGCCCUUGGGUCUAUUUCCGAGGAGAAGUGCGAGAGUCUUGGUGGAUCUACUGUCCUAAACUCUGCGACAACCACGCACAUUUCCGACGAUAGCUUCGACGUCUUCGAACAGACUUCGUCUGAUAACUCUGGUUUCAGCUCUGACGAAGAGCUCACAUUCCCUGAGGAGCUAACUACCGAAGGACACUCUCUUGGCACCGUCGUCUCCGAAGCCUGUGGCUUGGCUGAUGUCUAUCCUACGUCCAAGUACCCCGAUGCACGCAUCGAUGCCUAUCUCUUUACGCCCUGUGGUUUCUCUGCCAACGGCGUUGUUCCUGCCCCUGGCGGCGCUCCCAACGGCUCCAAGAAGGGCUCCGACGCCACACACUACUUCACUGUUCACGUCACGCCAGAACCGCAGUGCUCUUAUGCGUCCUUCGAGACUAACGUGCCUGCCCGUCAGACUGGAAGAGAGACGGCUGACAUCGUUGAGCAUGUAGUGGGGAUUUUCAAGCCUGGGCGUUUCAGUGUCACGCUCUUCGAAGCCAAGCCUACAGAUGAACUCCCAGCCAAGGGCGCCGCUGUCGAGAAGUGCAAGCGCAUGGAGACUAUUACAGGCUAUAGGCGCGUGGAUCGCAUCGUGCAUGAUCUGGAUGGGUAUGAUCUGGUGUUCCGAUACUACGAGCGCAAUGACUGGCAAGGAGGCAAGCCGAGGCUGGGAGAGGUAUACUAG